CUUCUGCAUGCAACCUAUAUUCGCCAAUAGAAGCAGCUGGAAAAUCGAACUGUGCUCUGGUGGAGAAGCCGAACCGAACAUGCUGUGGCCAUUCACGCCAUUCGUGAUUCUACAUUCGUUUGUGGACGUUGCUGCUUGUGUAAAAUCUGCCACGGGCUGCAGUGGAACUUUGGCGUCAUAAAAAGUGUUCUGCAGAAAUUUUGGCAUUAUGGAAUUUUUGUAGAGCUGGUAAUCUCGUGUACAAUAGUGUCGUCUUUCGACUGUGAUACAGAAAAAAAGCUGACAUCAAAUAGUUUCGGCUUCGAUCGAGGUCUCGGGGUUCUCGAAAGGUCAAUUUCGGCAAUCGAUUUAUAUGCAAAUAUAGCAGGCCGAAUUGCGUAAUUGCUUCGAUUUCAAUUGCCAGAGGAUUUAUUUUUCUGACGAAGCACGUACCUACCUAUCCGGUUAAACUUUGGAGUCGAUUCCAGCGGCAGAGAAUCAUGAGUGCAGAAGCUGAAUCCAUAAUAGCCAAUGGAUCUACCAAUGGUCAUCUCAUCAGCGGUUCACCAACAGCAGCGUCCAACGGAAUAAUGCAAAGAGACACGGAAGAAAUCGAAAUUCCAAUGCCGUGGGGAAUCGUAGCGGGCAAAUGGUGGGGCCCACGGCAGAAACAACCGGUACUGGCGCUGCAUGGCUGGCAGGACAAUGCCGGCACGUUUGAUCGACUCUGUCCGCUGCUUCCGGACGACAUCCCCAUCCUGGCGAUCGAUCUACCCGGUCACGGCAAAUCCGCCCAUUAUCCCAAAGGCAUGCACUACUACAUCUUUUGGGAUGGAAUUUCGCUGAUCAGACGAAUCGUCAAAUACUUCGGCUGGGAAAAGAUCACUCUGCUCGGGCACUCUCUGGGCGGUGCGUUGAGUUUCAUGUACGCAGCUGCGUACCCCGACGAGGUCGAAGGAUUCAUCAGUAUUGACAUUGCCGGUCCACCGGCACGGGAUCACCACAAGCAAGCGGCCAAUCUCGGGGAUAGUAUCGAUCGGUUUCUGCGCUAUGAAGCGCUACCCGAAUCGAAAACACCCUGCUACGGGUAUGAUGAUGCCAUCGAUAUCGUGCUUGCGGCAUACGAUGGCUCAGUAGAUCUGCAAUCGGUGGAGGUGCUAAUGCGUCGCGGAAUGGCCCCAGCGGCCGAGCGUUUUAACAAGGAAGGAUUCUAUUUCGCGCGGGAUCUACGACUGAAGGUGUCUCUGAUGGGUAUGUUGUCGCUGCCGCAAGUAAUUGCCCACGCGGAAAGGAUCGAAUGUAAGGUGCUUAACAUUCGAGCCGUGCCUGGCAUGCACUUUGACAACGUGGAAUAUUACCCAAGUGUGAUUGAGGCAAUGAAGAAGCACUCGCGAAAGUUAGUGUAUCUCGAAAUACCGGGGACGCAUCACCUCCACUUAGUAAACCCAGAACGAAUAUCUCAACAAGUUACAGAUUUUAUUCUAGAUAGGAAUUAAGUGGAUUUGAUAAGUAGAUUUCCUCAUCGAGCAGCAACCAAACAGAGAUUAAAUAGUAGCACAUGUUAUAGUUCCGUUGACCGGAUUUACCCAAAAGGGGACAUCAACAAGACAUCAAAUUUAAUUCCAUAUUUUAAAUUAGUUAAUUUAAUAAAUUAUGCAAAUAUGUUUAGAGUAGAAAUAUAAAAAUACCGGUGAUGCGCAUUAAAUAUUUUAUAGCAAAGAUUAUAAAUCUGAGUGCUUUCAAAACAAGGUGUGAUAUAUUUUUGUAACUGUACUAGACAAAGAGCACGAGAAAUAUAAUUCAUAUUUACUUCAUAAA